AUGCCCAUGCCCCCACGGCGCCCGGGCAGCACUGUGAACAUGCAGCACUCUAUGGAGAUGGAGGCAAAACGGCGGAUGGAGUUGGAUGAGGCCACACGCAAUCGUUUUGUUGUGGUAAAGGAGGAGACCCGUGAGCGCGACGGUCGUGUGAUUGGCAUUGAUCUUGGCACGACAAACAGUUGCAUCUCGUACAUUGAUAAGGAAACGAACAAACCAAAAAUUAUUCCUUCUCCAACGGGAUCUUGGGUGUUCCCGACUGCGAUUACAUUUGACAAGAAUCACAAGGUUCGCCUGUACGGGGAGGAAGCUCGGGCGUGCGUUCGCACCAGUGCAAGCGCAACGCUGUGCAGUGGCAAGCGACUUAUCGGUAGGGGUGUGGGUGAGCUCGGUCGGGUUCAAUCCCAGAUUCACAAGACGAACAUGUUGACGAUCAACGAGAAGGGGGAGGUGGCUGUAGAAAUCAUGGGCCGGACGUACACCGUUGUGCACAUCAUUGCCAUGUUUUUGCGGUACCUGAAGCAUGAGUCGGAAAAGUACCUGAAGGAGCCCGUGGACGCCGUCGUUGUGAGUGUUCCAGCCUUCUUUACGCCGCAGCAAAAAGUUGCAACAGAGGAUGCGGCAUUAGCGGCGGGCUUUGAUGUUCUUGAGGUGAUCGAUGAACCGUCGGCAGCGUGUCUGACACACACCGUCCUGCGUCGCGACAAGGAUGGCGAUGCGGAGGGAACGCAACUGUUCAAGCAGUGUAUUGUACGGUCCCUCGUAUUUGACUUGGGCGGCGGCACACUGGACUGCGCCAUCAUGGAACACGAUCAACGCCGUGGCACCUUCACACUCGUGGCCACGCAUGGCGAUCCACUUCUUGGCGGCGACGACUGGGAUGCGGUGCUAUCGCAACAUUUCCUGGAGCAGUUUGAGCGUAAAUGGCGUGUUCCACUGGAGGACGCGGAGGGAAACGUGGGCCAAGGCGUGGCAACGUACCGCCAGCUUAUCCUUGAAGCAGAGAAGGCAAAGAUUCACUUCACGCAUUCCACAGAACCCUACUAUGGAUAUAAUCGCGCCUUUCACUUUUCUGAGAGGUUGCGUGAUAUUGUUCCCCUUGAGGCGACCUUAACACAUGAAGAGUACGUUGAAAUAACGCGUCCUUUGCGGGUUCGCUGCGUAGAAUGCCUGAACAAGCUGUUUGAACACACUGGAAUUCAUGUUAAGGAUAUUGACCAUGUGCUGCUCGUCGGUGCCAUGACGCGGGAUCCUCCUGUUCGACGCAUGCUGUCGGAGUAUUUUGGAUGUCCUGUUUCCGCAGAGGAUACCUGCCCGGCAGAUUACGCCGUGGCUAUUGGCGCCGCCAUUCGUGGAGCAAUGUUACAAGACAAGUUUCAUGAUUUAUCGGCGAACACACGGUUUUUAAGCGGCACAGCACAGGCAAUGCGACAUGGCGGAACUUUCCGUCGUAUUUGGAAUCGAAUGAACGCAUGGAUUACACGGUCCGUGAAUCCCAACGCGAUUGGCCAGCGUUGGCGUGGUCGUGCAAAGGGUCUGAGUGAUGAGGACAUUGCCAAAUAUGCGAAGGAACUGGUGGAGUUUGAGAGUGCAUGUCAUCGCCGUUUGUUACUGGAGCGAGCGGAGAACGAUGCCAACUUUGUUAUGCGCCGUGUGACGGCAGAUUCUAACAAACGGCAAGGAAUGCAAGAGAAGCGUGUAAGGCAGUUGAGUGAGCAGCUCAAGUUCUGGCAGUACAUGGUGCACAACUUUCACGAUCACGAGGAGGAGCUGCAUCGUACCGUGAGAGAGUUGGAGCAGACGCUGGAUGAGCUGGAGGGCAAUGCGGAAGACAACGUCUCCGCACUCACGACUGAAGGGACGGUCAACUUUGCCAAGGCGAUCCCCGUCAAUUAUUGCGGUGAGGAGGAUAACGCGAAAAGUACGCCAGGUUCUUAUCCAGCAGAAGCAAUAGCAAAAACGGAAAAACCAAAGGCAACAUCAACAUUAGAGACGGAUAAGGCAAAAAACGAUCAUGGAGGACAGAAGGCAAAGCCAAAAGGUCCCAAAAUUAUCCGACGUCCCGUUCCGCUACCAAAGACGAGUUCUGAGGCCCAGGAACUUGUAGAAGCGGGUCAUCCCGCCUUGCGUGGUGCGGAUGUCGUCAUGACAGAGUCCACUCGCAGCUCCUUUUUUGAGGCACAGGUGGAGGACCGUGCGUGGCGAGAGCCGCCGACACCACCAGGAGAAGAAGGCUCCUGGCAAGAAGUAAAGCGUGCAGUUGAGGCUGGUGAGGCGGUGGGAAGUCCUAUUUCCCCACAAGAAAUGCAGCGGCCCAUGACUCAUGAAGAGAUGUUGGAGGUGAUACUAGCAAUGGCGCCGAUUGACGAACCAAUAAGUGAGGAUCACGCGAGAAGGCGUGACCUUGCACUUGAUUUGCAGACCAUGACAGUUGUGAAGGGUAUGGUGGACAUGGAAGAACUGGAGACUCAAUUGAAUGAGAAUGCCAAGGCACAAGAGCAGUGUCAGAGGACACAGAAGAGAGCGGAGAUGAGUACUCCAGCCGAUGCCUCGGCCAGCCUCUUUAGAGGGGACCGAAGUGUGUCCAUGUAG